GUUUGGUGAGUGUAACGCCUAUACUUUGGGAAGAAAAAUAGAAGCAUUGCGAACCCGCACCUACAUGCGGGCCUUUUGGGAAGAAUUGCGGUGCUUGAACCUCCUCUCCAUUUCGAAACUAGAUCCUUCGAGCGGUGCUCCUCUUUGAAUCGAGGCCCAGGGCUGUCUUGAUAAUAUUUUCACUUCGUUCGCGCAUCUCGCCUUUUUGUGGAAUAGUUACGCUCGACAAACAUCAACGACCCGUAUUGACGAACGAUUUUUCUAUAGCCCUAGCAUCGAUUUGUAUUCCCAAAAAUAGAAAAGCUCAAUCUGUGCAAUUGCAAACACGGGUUUGCAUAAUAGUUGGCCCCGGGGGCUGCUCCCGUGUUGUAAAACGUCCUCACCUCUGCCGCGGUCGCUUACAGAAGCGUCGUGUGAAUAGCGAUUAGGCCUGUAUAUUUUCACUUUCGCCUUCACCUUCGACCUGAUUUAGAUUACAUGUCUGCAGCAGAGGCAUAGUUGUUGUUUCCUUAUGGCCACAGUUCAAGCUACCAAUGUCGAGACUUGAGGGAGGAAAGUGCUGCUUGUUCGCCUUUCUCGUGAACUCGGCGUUUGCGGUAAUGGCAGUUUUCGCGUCCGGCCUCCACCAAGAAGCAUCGUCGCCACACGCAGUAGCCUCCGCGACUAUAAAUCAUGCGAAUGGUGGUCGCGGUCGACGGCGUCCGCAUCUGAAUCGUGUCCACGGGCACCUAGACCUCCGACAAUUCGCGGAAGACGCUGCGACGCACAGCCGCCCGCAAUCCCCGACGCAGAAAGGACGACUGGACCAGAACGCACAAUCAAGGACGACUGGACCGGAACGAGAGGCGACGUACAGCCGCCCGCAAUCCCCGACGCACAGCAGCCCGCAAUCCACAAGUCGCAGCAUGGUGUUGGGAUCGUUGCCGAUCCACUUGACACUGCGGGACAAGAAUGGGGAUAACGACUUUGAAAAACAGAGAUCCCACGUGCCCCGCAAGUGGGCGGACCCAGCAACCGCGUCUGCGAAUUGUGAUUAUUUUUAUAUGUUUGGAAGUGGAUCGAGUUCGAGGCGAAACAGCAACGAGGACCACGUAGGGAGCGGCGCGGCACCUUCGUCGGCCUUGCUGCCGAUGAGCAGAGCACCUUCCUCGCCUAGGCCUCAUCCUGAAGAUGCGAAACUGAGGCCGCUUAGUAGUAUCCUUGUCCUGCCACAUGAACCAGCGGAUUUAUCUUUACUUGCCCCGUUCAAAUUACCCCCAGCGUUUGGGCUUGAAGAUGACUCUGAAUGGCUCGACGGGCCUGGUGCUGGCGGUUGAGAAAGAUUCGCCAGGACACGAAAUACAUUCCCGUGCGUCGGGAUCUAAAGCACGACUUCUACGACAAAUUAGAAACUUCGUUGUCGAAAAUGACCACUGGGUGGCGUGUCUUAUUCUUUUGUACAAAAAUUUCCUGUAGAAGUUGAUACUUUCACUAUGAGCUGUGCCUAUCCCAGGGUACUAGUGCUUUCCUUUUCGAAAACAACUCUUUUAGAAAACCGGACACGCAUACUUUCAAGCUAGGGCACUACCUAGUGCUUUCCUUUUCGAAAACAUAGCUCUUUUAGAAAACCAGACAAACAUACUUUUAAGCUUCCCAUCCAGCCACUAUCUGUCUCCCGUAGUACAAAACUUGUCGAUACCGAAUUCUUUUGGGAUAUAAAGGGAGAACGUGUACAGUUUUUGUUUUGCCGUACCAUGCCAGCCUGUGAAAGAUCUAGCUUUACAAAAAUAGCAAUACCAUGACGAAUUCGCAUCCACAAGCACACUGAAAGCCUAAUCUAAAGAUGAUCAUGUACAGUCAGCAUAUAUUGAAGACUACAGAAGUGACGCGAAGAAAUCCACAAGUCGCAUACAUGUCCACAAGUCGCAUGAUGCAAAGAAAUCCCCGACAGAUGAACGCAAAGAAAGCUCGAGGAAUACGAACGGACAAGGAAACAGCCGCCGGCGAGCGCGCUGAGCUACGGGGGGAUCAACAUGCGUUUUGACAGUGCGACGAUUUUGAACAAGG